CCUCUGGGUCCGCCCGGUUCUGCUCUGCCCUGCAGGACUUAGAGGAGGGGGGAGGGCUGUCCUUCACUCCAUGGGGAGGUGGUCCCCGCACCCCCCAGCGCGUGGCCGAUGUGAGGACACGGCUGUGUUGUUCUGCUGCUGGUUGCUGUGUCCUGGAGCUGCCCGCUGUGCAGCCCGCAGGUGCCGUGGCCACGCCAUGAGCUCAGCGCUGGACCUGAGCCCGACCCGGGGCUAUGAAAGGGCCGGAGCCGCCCCGGAGCCCUCAGUGCCGUGCUGCCGCCCGCCGAGCCGGGCCUGGCCCAGCAGAACCCAGCAGAACCCAAGGGGGCCGAACGGGGGCCGAGGACCAUGACCCCAGGGCUGCCGCUGCUGCUGCUGGCGCUGGCGCUUCGGAGGGCACAGGGGAAUCCUGGAGCAUCCCCCGGUCCUCCCCCGGCAUCCCCGGAGCUCUCCUGUGGGGCAGAGGUGUUGGAGGCGGUGUUGGGACGGCUGCGGGCGCUGGAGGGAGAAGUGCGGGCACUGCAGGGGCAGUGCGGGGACAGCCUGGGACCCCAGGCUGGCACUGGGAGCACAGCGGCGUGGAAGCUGUGUGACACCCCUGGGGCAGGGGGCUGCUGUGGGUGCCGCCCUGGGGAGGCUGGGAAUGGUCUCCCGUGUCCCGCACCCCGCUGUCCCCUCGACUGCAGUGACCAGGGCCGCUGCCGGGCUGGACGCUGCCACUGCUUUGAGGGCUUCACGGGACCCUUCUGUGCAACCCCUGUCUGCCCCCCUGGCCGUGGUGGGCCCCACUGCACCCUCGAGAUCCCCUCGGUGACACUACGCCUGGCUGCGCGCAACCAGACGUCCUUCCGUGUGACCUGGCCGAGGCCAGCCAAGCCUGUGGAUGGCUAUGAGGUGGCCGUCAUCCCUAUGGAUGAACCAACGGCACUGACCACCCACGAGCUGCCUGGCUCUGCUGUCACCUUUGAGGUGACGGGGCUGACACCUGGACAAGCUUUUGAGAUCUUCAUCCAGGCCCAGCGGGACCAGCACCUCGGGGCGCCGGGCACCCUGCGUGUCCGCACCCUGCUUGCCCCAUCUCAGCCCACCCAUGGGGGGUCACGGAAGACCCCUACAUUUCUUGCACCUCCAGUGGCCCCAGCAUCACCAUCAGCCCGAGGGUCUCCAGCAUCCCCACGGUCCCCAAUGUCGCCGGCAUCCCCAGGGUCACCAGGGUCCUUGGGGUCACCGGCGUCCUCAACAUCUCCAAAGUCACCAGCAUCCCUGAGGUCUCCAGUGUCUCCGGAGUCCUCUGCAGCACCAACUUCCCUGGAAUCCCCAUGGUCCCCAGAGUCCCCAGUGUCCCCGAGGUCACCUACAUCUCCAUGGCCCCCAGCAUCCCCACAGUCCCCACUAUCCCCAGCAUCCCCUGUGUCCCCAGUGCUCCCGAAUGUCCCAUCCCUGCAUGAGCUGGGGGUCAAGCUUUCAUCCUACAAUGGCUCCCUGCUGCAGCGCUUGGAAAGCCACCUCCGGGCCACAAAUUACCCACUCCGAGGCAACCAGACAGUGCCUGCAGUGGCCCGUGCCAUCCUUUCCUACCUGCUUCGCCGCAGCCCGGCCUCAUUGCGUUAUCAAUUCCUCCGCCACCUCCAGCAGAGCCCUCACCCCAAACCCCAGGUGUUGCCAGGGGCUGCUGGUGAGGCCCUGGUGGACUUGGAUGGGCUGCGGGGUCACGCGGAGACUGUAGUGAUCCGUUACAGGCUGCUGGAGGAGCCAGAGGGGGAGGAAGGGGAGAUGAGGGUGCCAGGGGACACCACAGUGGCCCGGGUGCCAGGGCUGGUGCCAGGGGCCACAUACCGGGUGGAGGUGCAUGGUGUGGUGCGGGGACGUGUCUCCAAGUCCUACACUUCCGUAGUGACCGCAGGGCUGGGUGACACCAGUGAGCCUCCACCAGAGUGGAAGAACCUGUAUGAGGUGGAGGUGACUGAGCCCCAGGGGGCCAUGGCCAAAGCAGCCCCAUCAGAGGAGGAACCACCACAGCGACCCCGCCUGGGCACACUCACAGUCUCCCAUGUGACUCCUAGCUCCAUCCAGCUGGAAUGGAGUGUCCUUGAGGGCACUUUUGACUCCUUCACAGUGCAGUACAGGGAUGCACAAGGCCAGCCACAGGCACUUGCUGUGGAUGGUGGGUCACGCACAGUGACCGUGCCCGGGCUGGCACCGUCCCGCCGCUACAAGUUCAACCUGUACGGGGUGUGGGGGCGGAAGCGCAUUGGUCUCAUCUCCACUGAUGCUGUCACCACAGCUUCAGCAAAACCAAAUGAAGAACCACCAUCCCCACCACGCCUGGGUGAGCUGACAACGUCCCAUGUCAGCCCCGACUCCGUCCAGCUGCAGUGGAGCGUCCCCGAGGGCUCCUUUGACUCCUUCACGGUGCAGUACAAGGAUGCACAAGGCCAGCCACAGGUGCUGCCUGUGGAUGGUGGGUCACGCACAGUGACUGUGCAGGGGCUGGCGCCGUCCCGCCGCUACAAGUUCAACCUGUAUGGAGUGUGGGGACGAAAACGACUGGGCCCCAUCUCCACUGAUGCAGUCACAGCUGCAGAAGAGAUUGGGGAAGAAGAACCACCUUCCCAGCCACACCUAGGAGAGCUGACAGCAUCCCACGUCAGCCCUGACUCUGUCCAGCUGCAGUGGAGUGUCCCGGAGGGCUCCUUUGACUCCUUCACAGUGCAGUACAAGGAUGCACAAGGCCAGCCGCAGGUGCUGCCCGUGGAUGGUGGGUCACGCACAGUGACCGUGCCUGGGCUGGCGCCGUCCCGCCGCUACAAGUUCAACCUGUAUGGAGUGUGGGGGCGGAAACGGCUGGGCCCCAUCUCCACUGAUGCAGUCACAGAAAAAUGGUUGGAUAUAAGUUCGUAG